AUGUCGACAGCAAGGACACGACCAAUACAACACAUUGACCGAAAAUCUCUUUACACUAACCUGGAGUCCCGUGUCCGCUAUCUUCACUCGUUCCUCGAUUUCGGCUCCAGCGACAUUGAAGCACUUAAAUCCGGCAGCAAAUACAUCCAGGCCCUCAUCCCAGCAGUAGUCAACAUCGUCUACCGGAAACUGCUCCAGUAUGAUAUCACGGCACGGGCGUUCCAGACGAGGAGCACUGCGUUCGAGGGUCCCAUGGACGAAGAGCCGGACGAGCAGAGUCCCCAGAUCCUCCACAGGAAAAUGUUCCUCCGGGCCUAUCUGAAGAAGCUAUGCUCGGACCCUACCCAAAUGGAAUUCUGGGAAUACUUGGACAAAGUCGGCAUGAUGCACACAGGCAUCGGGCGCACGCACCCCUUGCACAUCGAGUACAUCCACAUUGGCGCCGCCUUGGCCGUCAUCCAAGACGUGCUCAGCGAAGCCAUCUUGUCGCAUCCCCGUCUGCACCUAACGCGAAAGAUCGCGAUUACCAAAGCGCUGGGCAAAGUUAUUUGGAUUCAGAACGACCUCUUUGCCAAGUGGUAUGUGAGCGACGGCGAGGAGUACACCGACGGCAUGGACUACGGCGAGGUCGAAAAAGAGGGGUGGCUGCACGGGAAGAAGGUCAUCCACAAUGACGAUGAGGCGGCUUCUGACGCCAGUGAUGACACAGCGAGUCCCGGCCAACGGGUAGCCGCUGUUCCGGGCGUCUGUCCUUUCACCGGCGUGACAGCGUCGGUGGAGGGGUUUCCUGUUCAGGAUGAAAAGGCCAAGCCUGUUGGAGAGCUUAAACCGGAGAUUGUUGUGACUGGGCAGUAA